CACAGGAGACUGAGGACGGCUCAUAAUAAUGUCAGACAUGGAGCUAAUGGAAUGGAAUGCGUCAGUGUGGUGAGCCAUUACCACAGCCCAUCCUCCUCAAUUAAGGUACCACCAACCUCCUGUGGUACAUACCUCCUCCUUCAACCAAAGGUAUUUUAAAGACAGGACACACACAAAGCCGUAGCAGCUGAUAGGAUGGAGUCGGGGUGGGCAUUGUGUGCUGUUGUAGUAGCGUUGACCUGCAUGGGAAAAGGUGGUCAUUCACAGGCAAAUGUGUGUGGCAUUGCUUCUCUCAACACAAAGAUUGUUGGGGGUCAGGAUGCAGUUGCAGGGAGCUGGCCAUGGCAGGCCAGUCUGCACAACUCCAACAGCCAUUUUUGUGGAGGCUCCCUUAUCAACAAAGAGUGGGUGCUGACUGCAGCUCACUGCUUCCCCAGUACCAGCACGUCCGGCCUGCUUGUCUACCUGGGCCGGCAGAAUCAGCAAAGCAUCAACUCCAACGAGGUAUCCCAAAUGGUCUCUCAGAUCAUCCGCCACCCGAACUACGACAGUACAACCAGCGACAAUGACAUAUGUUUGCUGAAGCUCUCAUCACCCGUCACCUUCACUGACUACAUCCAGCCGGUCUGCCUGGCAGCAGUGGACAGCACCUACUACACUGGCACUACUAGCUGGGUCACUGGAUGGGGCAAUAUCAAUAGUGAUGUGCCCCUUCCCUCACCCGGGACCCUACAGGAGGUGACUGUGCCAGUAGUGGGGAACAGGGAGUGUAGCUGUCUCUAUACUGGAUUUAGUUCAAUCACAAACAACAUGAUCUGUGCUGGUCUACUGAGCGGAGGACGAGAUUCCUGUCAGGGGGACUCCGGGGGGCCAAUGGUGAGCGAACAGGGUCAGGUCUGGAUCCAGUCUGGGGUUGUGAGUUUCGGACAAGGCUGUGCCGCAGCAAAUUUCCCAGGAGUGUACACCAGAGUGUCCCAGUACCAGACCUGGAUCAACAGCCAGAUCAGCACUGACCAGCCAGGCUUUGUCACCUUCUCCUCCAGUGGGACUGACUCUGACCUCAAUGUCACCUGUAAUGCACUGUCCACUGGGACCACACUCGUCUCCCUCUCUCCUAUUCUCUUCUCUCUCUAUCUCUUCUAAUAGAGGAGACACUAAAAGUGGAUGCUUAAAUGUACUCACUGUAUGUGAGAAGUACUGGAAUAGUAUGUUUAUACACUGAACAAAAACUGAUGGGUUUAAUUUAAUAUGAAUCUACUGUAUCUACUAAUACUUGUUGAUUGUGAUGUAAGUCAUUAAGUUGGAGAGCAAAUGUAAUCCCAUAGCACAAUGACAUUUGGUUGUUUAUUAGAGCUCAGUUUAUGAUUGUUUGCAGAUAUGCUUAGCGAUCACACUUCAUAAUUAAAUUGAGAAAAAAAGUUUUAUUCAUUAAGUUAUGUAUAUUUGUCUAUCUUGAAUAUACUGUAUCUGCAAAUAAAUACACUAUUUACAGUGAACUACA